AUGGCAAACGACUCCAACCAACCGACAUUCGAUACAUGGGAUAACCGCACCGGAUCACCAAUUCCAAAAAGUGUCGCUGAUACGCACUUAACCGUGUGGUUUGCCGUCAACUUUAUCCUGAUGUUGGUUUCGGUGACCUUUCUCAUCUUGGCCAUUUACGCCGUCGUUAAAGCCGGACAAAAUCGCAUCAGCGCAUCGCAAAUCCUCAUCCUCCAUUUCCUGUCAGCGGAAUUAGCCAUCUGUAGCGGGUUAUAUCCUGCGAUCCAGUUCACGUAUUACCUGCCGAAGUUUCGCUUCGGGACCUAUUCUUGCGAUAUUUUUCAGUUCUUUUAUAUGUGGAUCGCGGGCGCCGAGCAGUGGACCAUGCUGAACCUCUCCAUUAACCGUCUAAUGGCUGUUCACUUCCCGCACUCGUACAGCCGCUACGUCAACACAAAGUCCGUACUCGUCACGCUGGCCUUUGCCUGGAUUGUCCCGCUAAUUGUUAUGAUCAUGUUGGCGGCGAAAUUCGGUGGCCAGUCGAUGCCGGUGUACAUUCCCUGGGGUACGUGUGUGGUACGCCCUUCGCCCUCCGGACAAAGCUGGGUGCUGCAGGCCGUCAAUUUCCUCUGCAUGGUUAUUCCGUUAAGCGGGACGUUGUUGUGCUACGCAAUUAUUUUGCUGGGAUCGUGGAAAAAGUACGGAAUCCGUCGGACGGUCCCGGAUGAUAGCGUUCUGACACCGGCGCAACAGAGUGACCUCCAGCGACAGCGGAAGAAGUUGAGUAUGGCACGCAUGCUGUUUGUCUCCGCGUUCUGGUAUCUACUGUGCUAUCUGCCGCAUACGAUGAUUGUGUCACUGGCGCCGUUUCUCUAUGCGGUGUAUCCGCACCUUGGAUUGUGGACGCGGACUGUGUACUUUAUGGGCUUUGCCGGAAAUCCGGUAAUAUUUUUCAUCAUGUCAGCGGAAUAUCGCACCAAGCUCGUAUCACUGAUCCAUGCCCGCAGAGCUGUUCUAAGCCGGCCAACUUCCCAAUGA